UGUACGUCUCUUCCCUGGUUUCAUGGCUGUUUUGAUUGUAUACUUAAACCCAAUCUCCUUCGUUCUUCACCUCAUCACUGAUCAGAAUCGCCACUUGGAUCCUUCUGCUUCUUCAAUGGCGCCGUUCCCUUUCUUCUUCCUCAUCACUCUAAUUGCUGCAACUCCCUGGGCAGCUCAUACUGGAGCAGAGGGCGUGAACCCCUUCUCACCAAAGGCAUCCCUUUUGAGGUACUGGCGGCGGACCUUUCCCGACGCUGAGCUGCCGGCCUUCCUCCUCGGUAAAGCCUCCCCUCUGAAUGCCACCCAGGUGGCCGUCUUCUCCCGGUACAUCGAUUCCCACAAUCUGCAGCAACACCUCCCUUCCUUCUGCGCAUCUGCCAACCUCUACUGCACCUUCCUCAAGAAGGAUUGGGCCUCACUCCUCUCGUCCGGUGCUGCUCAAGACGCCUCCUUCGCUGAGUACGCAAACCGAGAUUUCGCCAACUAUAGCGUGUCUGCGGGCAACAGCGACUUCACAAACUACUCCGUCAACCAAAACAUCGGCAAGGACACCUUCGCCGGCUAUGGCGGCGAGCGCCAAGCUGGAGACCAAGGGUUUCUCAACUACGAGUCCAAUGGCAACGUCGGCGCCUCUCGGUUCGGUCGGUACCAGACGGACGGCGUCGGAAAGUUCAACAACUACGGCGAUAGUGGCAAUGUCGAGCAGCAACGCUUCAGCGGAUAUGGCGACGGCAGCAACGGGGGGCUCGAGACCUUCCAGGGCUACUCCGAGAAGUCCAACGUCGUCGGCGCUGACUUCAAGUCGUACGGCUCCGCGGCAAACGGCAUUCUGAGCCAGUUUUCAGGCUACUCGACGGGGUCCAACGUGAUCACCAAUAGCUUCACGUCCUACAACAAGGAGGGCAACGGCCCGCUGGAUCAGUUCACCAGCUACUCUGACAGCGGCAAUGUCGUCCGGAACGAGUUCCUGACGUACGAGGACGACGCCAACGCUGGCGACGAUAUAUUCCAGCAAUACGCCGAUGGAGCAAAGAAGCCUGACAAUGUUUUUCGGUCCUAUGGGCCCAGCGGUAAUGGCGCCGGAUUCAUCUUUGGUAACUACGGCAACUCUUCGAACCCGCUGGCCGAGUUCACAGAGUACGGAAAGGACGGUAACGGAGCGACGGCGUCGUUUUCCUCCUACGUGACCGAGAAUACCACGUUCAAGGAGUACCACGAGACGACCACCACCUUCGGCAGCUAUAUCAACGCUUCCUCCCGCCCCACAUCCGCACUCGUGGAGCCCGGCAAAUUCUUCCGAGAGGCGGAUCUCUUGUCCGGGAACCCGAUACCCAUGCCGGAUAUCCACGACAAGAUGCCUCCGAGGUCGUUCUUGCCAAGGACGAUCGCCGACAAGCUUCCGUGCAGCUCCACCCGGUUGCCGGAGCUUAUCCGCAUGCUAAACGCCAGCGGUCUGCAGGGCUCGAUGGCUAGAACCUUAGCGGACUGUGAGCGGCCGCCGGUGAAGGACGAGACGAAGCGAUGCGUGACCUCCCUCGAGGGGAUGGCAGAGUUUGCGGCGUCGGUGCUCGGUGAGAAGGCGAGGGUCUCGACGACAGCCAACACAGUCGGCUCCGGGAGGAUGGUGGCGGUGGGCGAUGUCCGCGGUCGGAACGGUGGCGGGGUGACCAGGGCCGUGUCGUGCCACCAGAGCCUGUUUCCCUACCUGGUCUACUAUUGUCAUGCAGUGCCACGUGUCAAGGUGUAUGACGUAGAGGUGAUGCUAGAAGGGAAGAAGGCCAAUCAGGCAGUGGCGAUCUGCCACCUGGACACGACCCAGUGGAGCGCCGGCCACGCCGCGUUCAGGGCGCUGGGACACAAGCCGGGGGAGAUCGAGGUGUGCCACUUCAUCUUCCAGAAUGACUUCAUAUGGGUCUCCCAGGGUUAGCGGGCCUCAAACUCUGUGUGGUUUAGGAAAAUUAAGAUCCUGUUUGUGCUCAGAAACUUCAAUCCGGUUAGAAAUAAAAUUCUCCGGUGAGGUUACUAAAAAGCAAACACCACGCUUUAGAUAUGGUAUCUGAUCUAGUAAAUCGAUUUUGUCUGUCUGAACCUAUAUUUGUGAAUGAUCUUGCAUUGUUAGAAAGGUCUAUAUUCAAUUUGAAUUAGAUAUUA